AUGGACGCCGAUAUCAAAGCCGUGCUCCCCAACAUCGACCCUGUCGUUUCAGACUACUCUGUCGGAUACCUGUCCCAUGCUUCCACCCUCUGGUCCGACGAUGAUGACCCGUCCGGGACUUCUCCUCUCAACGAGGCUGCCGCGGUGAUAACGGAGCUGCUCAUCUCCGCCUCCGGAAACCCCAAUCCUGCACGAGAGGAGCAGAUAAAGCUGUUGGUCGACCGCUGGGUCGACAAGUACACCCAAGCAAACGGCGGCGAGAGGCGAGGGCCAGCGGCCGUCAAGCGGCUGGAUCAGACCAUUCAGGUCAGCUCUCAGCGGAACAUGUCCUCGACCCUGGCCGUUGCCACCGGCGGUGUCGACCUGGAGGCGGCCAACGUGCGCAAGGUCGAGUCCAAGGUGGACCGCAAGAAGCUCGAAAAGGCCGAGCGAAAGAUUGCCGCCAAGCAGCAGAAGAAGACAUUCAAGACGGUCGAGUACGAAGCGUCGAAGCUUCUCGACCUGCCGGAGAGCACCCAGUCGUACGAGGAGUUUUACAUGGCCGUGAACCCGUUGCAGCUCGGCAGCACGGGUGCCAGCAAGACCAAGGACAUCAAGCUCGACAGCAUCGACGUCUCCAUCGGCGGCCUGCGCAUCCUGACCGAUACGACCCUCACCCUUGCCUACGGUCAUCGUUACGGUUUGGUCGGCAACAACGGUAUCGGAAAAUCGACACUGCUGCGGGCCCUGUCGAGGAGAGAAGUCGCCAUCCCCACGCACAUUUCCAUUCUUCACGUCGAACAAGAGAUCACCGGCGACGACACGCCCGCUCUCCAGGCUGUUCUCGAUGCCGACGUGUGGCGCAAGGUGCUGCUGAAGGAGCAGGAUAGGCAGGAACUCAUCGCCAGCUUGGCAGAGCUCGAGGCCCGCCGUGCCGCCCUUGCCGAUACCUCGGCCGAUGCCGCCAAGCUCGACCUCGAGAAGGAGGCAAAGGAUGGCAAAUUGGGAGACAUUCAGGGGAAGCUGGCCGAGAUGGAGUCGGACAAGGCAGAGUCGCGAGCGGCCAGCAUUCUCGCCGGCCUCGGCUUCUCGCCGGAGCGGCAGCAGUUCGCCACCAAAACGUUUUCUGGCGGUUGGAGAAUGCGACUUGCGCUUGCCCGAGCCUUGUUCUGCGAGCCGGACCUGCUGCUCCUCGACGAACCGUCCAACAUGUUGGACGUUCCCUCCAUCACCUUCCUCUCCCAGUACCUCCAAGGCUACCCCAGCACCGUCCUCGUCGUCUCCCACGACAGAGCGUUCCUCAACGAGGUCGCCACAGACAUCAUUCACCAACAUUCCGAGCGCCUUGACUACUACCGCUCGGCCAACUUUGACUCCUUCUACGCGACCCGAGAGGAGCGGAAGAAGGUGGCCAAGAAGGAGUACGAGAACCAGAUGGCCCAGAGGGCCCAUCUCCAAGCGUUCAUCGACAAGUUCCGCUACAACGCCGCCAAGUCUUCGGAAGCGCAGUCUCGCAUCAAGAAGCUCGAGAAGAUGCCGGUGCUGGAACCGCCCGAGGCCGAGUACAACGUCAAGUUUCGCUUCCCCGACGUCGAGAAGCUGUCACCGCCCAUCAUUCAGAUGUCCGAGGUUUCCUUCGGCUAUUCCUUGGACAAGCCUCUGCUGAGAGAUGUGGAGCUCGAUGUCCAGCUCGACUCUCGCAUCGGCAUCGUCGGCCCCAACGGCGCCGGCAAAACCACAAUCUUGAAGCUCCUCGUGAGCAAGUUGCAGCCGCUGAAGGGCCUGGUUUCGUCGCACCCCCGCCUUCGGAUCGGCUUCUUCGCCCAGCAUCACGUCGACGCUCUCGACCUGACGACGAGCGCCGUGAGCUUCAUGGCCAACACCUACCCUGGCAGGACGGAUGAGGAAUAUCGGAGACAGCUGGGAGCGUUUGGCAUCACGGGAACGACAGGCUUGCAAAAAAUGGGCCUGCUGUCCGGUGGUCAAAAGUCGAGGGUCGCCUUCGCCUGCCUCGCCCUGACCAAUCCCCACAUUCUCGUGCUCGACGAACCUUCCAAUCACCUGGACAUAGAAGCAAUGGAUGCGCUGGCCGAGGCCCUCAACGAGUUCCAGGGCGGUGUUCUCAUGGUGUCCCACGACGUAACCAUGCUGCAGAUGGUGUGCACCUCGCUCUGGGUGUGCGACGGCGGCACCGUCGAAAAGUUUAAUGGCGACGUGCAGCAGUACAAGAAGAGAAUAUCCGCGCAGGCCGAUGCAGCCGGCGUCGUCAAGGCGCACUAG